ACUUCUGCUCUAGUUAAACUUUUCGACUUGUAAAGUUUAUGACGUAAUUUAAAAUACAGCUUGAGCCAAGAAUACCAAUGCAGGAGAAUAAAAGCAUUCAGAACGAAUCGGACUGCAGCACAGACCACUUCUCUUCUCUGCCAGGACAAACACAGGGCCAAAUGAAAACGACAGGCCUUCCAAAUCAAGCAAAUGACAAAGAGAAUGUUGAAGGACUCUCUUUCAAAAUGAGGAGAAAGAGUUCUGCUUUGAUGGCUGAGGCAGCCACCAGAAUGAACUCGUUUCCUGAAGGCUCUAUAAUUCCAGACUACAGGGAACCAGAGCAUGGCCAUGGGAACAAAUACCAUAACAGCUUGAUGACCUUAUUCCCUGUUCGCUUCAAAGCAGGCUCAAACCCAAUGGACGAUGCCGGAUUCUUCUCCUUUACCUCAUUCUCAUGGAUGACACCCAUGAUGUGGAAGUUGUUCAGGAAUCGUCUGGAUAAAAGUACACUUAGUCUUUCACCUAAUGAUGGAGCACACAAAAAUGGAGACAGGCUCCUAAGGAUGUGGGAGGAUGAGGUGGCACGUGUGGGCAUUGAGAAAGCAUCCCUCACUUCAGUAGUGUUACGCUUCCAGAGGACUCGUUUUAUAGUGUCUUGCAUUGUCGCUCUUCUGUUCACAUUAGCUGUGUUUAUUGGACCGUCUAUUCUGGUGAACGAGAUUCUGACUUAUGUGGAGCGAACUGACAAUCCCAUGCUGGUGCACGGCGUUGGGCUGUGUGUGGCGCUGUUCAUCUCGGAGUUCAGUAAAGCUUUCUUUGCAUCGCUGCUCUGGGCUAUAAACCUGCGCACUGCCAUCCGAAUGAAAGGAGCCUUCUGCAUGCUCGCCUUUAACAAAAUCAUCACACUCCGAACGCUCAGCGACGUCACCAUAGGAGAGAUGAUCAACGUAUUAACGAAUGAUGGUUAUCGUAUGUUCGAGGCAGUGCUUUUUGGCACGUUUCUGCUGUGUAUUCCCAUGUUGCUGGUUGUGUGUAUUAUUUAUUCAUGCUACAUUCUGGGCUACACGGCACUCAUAGGAAUCAUUACCUACCUUAUCUUCAUACCUAUCCAGUUUUUCAUUGGCCUGCUGAUCAGAGUAUUUCGGAAAAAGACCAUCUCUGUGACAGACAAGCGUGUUCGGACAAUGAACGAAGUCCUGACCUGCAUUAAACUCAUUAAGAUGUACGCAUGGGAGGAGUCUUUUGAAAAGAAAAUCACAGAUAUCAGGAAGGAGGAAAAGCUGCUAUUGGAGUAUGCAGGAUAUACUCAGAGUGUGAAUGCCUCCUUAACAGCUGUAGUUCCCUCUCUGGCUACGAUCCUUACCUUCAUCACUCACACAGCACUCCGUUUAGAUCUGCAGCCCUCCACCGCCUAUACUAUUAUUGCUGUGUUCAACUCGAUGCGGAUGACGAUGGGUCUACUGCCGUUCUCUGUAAAAGCAUUGGCUGAAGCAAAAGUGGCUCUGGCUCGAUUAAAGAGGAUACUGAUGAUAAAGAAUCCCAAACCCUACCUGAUUCAGAACAAAAACUUAAGUGCUGCUUUAGUGAUGGAUAAAGCUUCAUUCUCGUGGAAUUCCUCUGCUCCAGUUGAAACCCAGAGUCCAGCGACAGCAGCUAAUGAGAUGAAAAAGGAGAAAGUUGAUCCUGUGGCGCCUCAAAAUGGCACACUCCCACAAAACAACAAAUCAACGCUUGAGAACAUCACAUUUACACUUCCCAAGGGAAAUUUGCUUGGAGUUUGUGGCAAUGUUGGAAGUGGGAAAACAUCUUUAAUAUCAAGCAUACUAGAGCAGAUGCAUCUUCAGAGUGGAUCGAUCUCUAUAAAUGGAACAUUAGCCUACGUUUCCCAACAAGCCUGGAUCUUCCACGGAACUGUACAAGAUAAUAUUUUAAUGGGAGAAACUUUUGACCAAGCGAGGUAUGACCGUGUGAUCCACGCCUGUUGUCUAAAGCCUGAUCUUGCUAGUCUCCCCUAUGGUGACCAGACAGAGAUCGGAGAGCGUGGUCUAAACUUAUCAGGUGGUCAGAAGCAGAGGGUCAGCCUAGCAAGAGCGGUCUACUCGAACCGAGAUAUCUUACUAUUAGACGAUCCUCUGUCAGCAGUCGAUGCCCAUGUGGGCAAGCACAUCUUUGAGGAAUGCAUCAAAAAAGAGCUGAAGGGCAAGACUGUGAUCCUGGUCACACAUCAGCUUCAGUAUUUGGAGUUCUGUGAUGAAGUCUUGCUUUUGGAGAAUGGGUCGAUUAAGGAAGCUGGAACACACAAAGCCCUGAUGAAAACAAAGGGUCGAUAUGCACAUCUCAUUAACAACUACCAAUCGGAACAGAGCAACGAGCCAAAGGAGGAAGCCCCAGUAAGCCCCUCUAAUUCCACUGAAAACAACAAACAAGGGAGAGAACGGUCCACUAGCAGUGGAAUCAUAAAUGCAGCCUUUGACAUGUCAGAUGAGAUAAUUAAUCCAGAUGAAUCAGCAACUGAGACUCAGGAAACAAAAGAGGGUAAAGACCAGCUCGUCACCACCGAAGAGUCUCAGGAUGGAUCAGUUACUUUCAGAACUUACCACCAAUACUGCCUUGCUGCUGGAGGUUACAUCCUGUUGUUUUUUGUCAUAAUAUUCUUCAUCCUGCUGGUGGGAACAACUGCCUUCAGCAACUGGUGGCUCAGUUUCUGGCUAAGUCAAGGCUCCGGGACCUUUAAUGCAUCAAAUCCGGACUCAAGCACCGGUAAUAUCUCAGAUCAUCCAAACCUGAACUUCUAUCAGAUGAUAUACGGCUUGACCGUGUUGGCCAUGGCGGUGCUGAGUGCCCUGAAGGGUUACACUUUCACUAAAGUGACGCUGCACGCCUCCUCUAAACUCCACGACACUAUGUUCAGGGGGAUCCUGGCCAGUCCAAUGAGCUUCUUUGACACGACUCCUACUGGCCGUAUAGUGAAUCGCUUUAGCAAAGAUCAGGAUGAGAUCGAUGCUGCUCUUCCGUUCAACAUGGAGAACUUCCUGCAGUUCUGUCUCAUGGUCACCUUCACUGUCUUGACUGUGUGCAUCGUCUUUCCCUUCCUUCUCAUUGGCGUGGUUGCACUGGGAGCCAUUUUUGCUGUCAUUCUCUACAUCUUCCAGAGGAGCAUUCGGGAAAUGAAGCGGAUGGAGAACGUGAGUCGCUCUCCCUGCAUCUCUCUCACAACCUCCACCAUCCAAGGCCUCAGCACCAUCCAUGCCUACGACAAAAGAGCACAGUACACAGAAAAGUUUAAAGUGUUGAAUGAUAAUAACUCCAAUCACUUCCUGUUGUUUAACUGUGGGACACGUUGGCUCUCCUUCUGGCUGGACUUCCUCUCUGCCACCAUUGCCCUGACUGUGGCACUGUUUGUGGUGCUCACUCCCAAUGAGGUCAUCAAUCCUUCACUCAAGGGUCUGGCCCUAUCAUAUACUAUACAGUUGACAGGCAUGCUACAGUAUGUUGUGAGGCUCUCUACAGAAGUGGAGGCAAAGUUUACCUCAGUGGAGAGACUGCAGGAGUACAUCACGGGCUGUGUGUCUGAAGCCCCACGCAAAGUGGAAGAUGUCAACAUCCCAUCAGGCUGGCCACAGGAGGGCGCUAUCACCUUUCAAAAUUACAGCAUGAGGUACAGAGAGAACACGCCGAUCGUGCUCGAUCAGCUCAACCUCACAAUCAAUCCACAAGAAAAGCUUGGCAUUGUGGGGCGUACUGGCUCAGGUAAAUCAUCACUGGGCGUCGCUUUGUUUCGCUUGGCAGAGCCAGCAGAGGGCACUAUCCUGAUUGACAAUAUAGACGUGCUCACUUUAGGCCUGAAGGACCUUCGUAGUCAGUUAUCCAUCAUCCCACAGGACCCGGUCCUCUUCAUCGGCACUGUGAGGUAUAACCUCGACCCAUUUAAUAAGUACACUGAUGAUGAGAUCUGGGUGGCUCUGGAUAAAACCAACAUGAAAAAAGCAAUUUCUUAUUUACCACAGAAGCUGGACUCAGCAGUUGUGGAGAACGGUGAGAAUUUUUCUGUGGGCGAGAGACAGCUCAUGUGCAUGGCCAGAGCACUGCUUCGGAAUUCUAGAAUCAUUCUGUUGGACGAGGCAACAGCGUCUAUAGAUUCCGAGACAGACAGUCUGAUUCAGCACACCAUCAGAGAAGCCUUCCACGACUGCACCAUGCUCACUAUAGCGCACCGUAUCAACACUGUGCUCGAGUGUGACCGUAUCCUUGUCAUGGACAAGGGCAAGGUUGUUGAAUUUGAUCGGCCGCAGGAUCUCAUGCAAAAGCCAGACUCUGCCUUUGCGUCACUCUUAGCAGCAGCCCAUAGCGUCAACUCCUGAAACACACACGCACUCACACGCAUGCACAAACAUACACAAGCACACACACACACACACACACACACACACACACACACACACACACACACACACACACACACAGAUCUGCACAGAUUUCUUCUCAUCAUUAACUCAGUCAGGAGUCAGCUUUACACAUUCUGUUUGUACAUAAAUACUCAGCAGAUGAGAGAGAAUAAGACAGUAACAGUUUAAGAUUGUUAGAAACAUUUCUGUAUGUUUAAAUACACAUCAUCUUCUCUUUUAUUUCUUAUAUAUGAAAAUAUAUUUAUGAAUAUAAAUGUACUGGUAAUGCAUCAUACAUUGAAUGUCUAACUUUUCACUUGAUCACUCACAACAACUGAGUUUCAACACAUAUAUUCUGAUGUGCACAUUUAUUUAUUUUGCAUCAUUUUUUUUUAUGUAAGAUUUUCUCAAAUAUUUAGUUCUGUUCAUCUCAGAAGUUUCUGAAUUUCUCCUGACAUGAGCCUCAUCUCUUCCUUCAGUUCUCAUAGGACUUAAACUGAUAUUCUGUAUAUUUUAAAUAUUUAUUGAUUCUUUUAUAUCAAUAUGUAACUAUAUACUAAUGCUAAAUAUUGACAGUUGUCACAUAUUUUUGUAUAUUUUUGUAAAAUGUAAUGGCUUUCAAAAAAAUAAAAAAUGUUCUUUCGU